AUGUCGCAGUUUACCAUAUGUCCAAAGGAGAUUGGAGCAGAUGUACCGGAUAAAGGUCCGGAGAAAGGCCUGGAGAAGACCUGGAGAAGGCCCAGAGCAAAGGCCGGAGAAAGGCUCAUCAUUGCACACCCCGCAUGCCAACCCACAGUGGUUGUCCGUGCUUUCCGCAGCAGGUCAGGCUCUGACUGGAUGCCUAUCAACAAGCUCACCUUGGCAAAGACCACUAUUGGUCGCCCCCACAUACUUCUGGGAGUCACUGGAUCACGCCCUUCAACGCCAAGCUUCCCCGCAUUUCUUGGCUAUUGGAACGUAGACGCCAAGACUGGGGUAAACAAUGGCAUCUGA